AUGUUGAUUUAAUAAAGACUGCCUAUUAUCUAAUAUAAUGAUUACAAAUCAUUUUUAAGCAGUUAAUGGCUUAUGAAUAAUUACCUUACAGAAAUUUAAUUUAUAGAUUGUCUUAAAGAAGUAAAUAAUUAAGUUGGAAUGUUAAGCAAAGAAAAAGCUUAGUUUAAUUAAGAUUAGCUAGCUUAAAUAAAUACAAUCAAUCAAAAAGUGAUUUUACUAACUUACUUUCUUUUUGGUUACCACAUUAUUUAUGUGGAGAAAUAAUAUUUCGUUUAUGCUCUCUAUAAGUAAUUUUUACUUAUCAUCAUUAAGAUAAGUAAUAAGAAUUGUGAUUAAUUACUUUCAAUAACAACUUCCUCCCAUCCCAUAUGUAAAUCUAUAUUUUUUGAAUGUGUUAUCAUGCUACUAAAUUAAUCAACAUACCUUCUAAACCAAGCAGAAUAACUUUAAAUAGAUAAUGAUAUAGAUGAAAUAUAAAAUUUGCCUAAUUCUAAAUUAUUUUAUAAGAUGGCUUAUAUAACUCUAAUGGAUCUCAUAAAAGACACUUUUUUAUAGAAUCAUAUUGAUGGUUAAUCUUUAAUAGCAAUUUGUAUAAAUUAAAUGCUCUUAACUGAUUAACUUUAAUCAAAAUUGCCACAAGAAAAAAUAAAAAAUAUUAGAUAACGUGAUACUGAAUAUUUAAUUGAAUUAAUGAGAUUAUUUAUUGACAAUAAGGAUGAUUAAUUACAUAUAACAAAAUAGAUAGUUAGAUAUAUAUUCACUCUUAAUGAAGAAAGAAAUUACUAAAUAUCUAAAUAAGUAUUCUCCAAUUUAAAGUAAUUAUCUUAAUCAACUGCUUUAAUUCUAUAGUCUAUAAGAAUAUGGUUAGAAUCUAAAAAUCCUGUUGUUAUUCAGCAAAUUCGUUUAUACUUAGAAGAAUACUUAAAAUUAUCCUUUACUUAAAUUCAUUAUGAUUCUGAUUAUAUUCCUAUGCUAUUUCAAAUUUUAUGUAAUUAUAUUAAUAGUAUAUUUAAGCUUCAAUUUAAUAAUUAGGUUUUAUUGAAGACACAAAUUUUUGUGAAUCAGUCUUUGAAGAAUUAAUAUAAAUCUUUCAUUUUCUUUGGCAUUAACUUGAAUAGGAAACUAAUGAAAGGAUGUUUGAUGAUAAAAUUGAAUUUUGGUAAAAAUAUAUAAAAAAAUUGAAAAAAUAAUUAAAUCCAAUAAAUUCUAUUUAGAAAUCAGUCUCUUGUAAAAUUAAAGAUUGUGCUUGUGUUUAUUUAAUUUUACAUGAUCAAUAAAAUACAAAGAAAUACAUAAUAUCUGCAGAUACUUUAAUACCUUUUAUAGAUGUUCUUUAUCCACUUGAUUAAUAAUAGGUGAAACAAAUGUAACUAAUGCAAAAUCUAAUUAAAUCAUCUGUAGAAUUCUUAGUAGAUCCAAUUUUAAAGGAUGAUGAAGUUGUUAUAAAGACUUUACAAAAAGUAUUAACAUAAGUUUAAUUAUUAAAUUCUUCAAUGAAAUAGAAAGUAUUUUAAAUGAUUUGGUCAAGAUGGUCACCUGAAAAUCCAUUUUAUGUAAGAAUUUUAUAAUAAAUUGUAUCUAUUUUUUUGGAAAAUGAAGAUUAAUAAUUAGGAACAAGAAAUAAUUUUUUUUUGUCUAUUUUGGCUAUGGAAAGUGAGAAGAAAAUAGUACAUCCACAAAAAUUUCAUACAUUAUUAUAAAUUUGUUAAUAUCUUUGUCUUGAAAAUGCUCCUGUAAAUAUGGAAGAUAUAUUUUAAUAAUCAUAAGAUCAUAAUUCUUGUUUGAAAUUAAAAAAAUAUAAAAUUAAAAAAAGUUUUCAAGAAUUCUUUUAAGUAAAUAAUUAUUAUUCUAUGAUUGUUAAAUUAAUUUCAGGAAUUUAGAAUACAACUAAUUUUAUAUACAUUUUAAAAGAAUUUAUUAAAUUAGAAUGGUUGUUAACAGAAGGAUUAAAAUUAACUUAAGUUGAAUUUGCUGAUGAAUUUGUUUAAUUUCUAGAAUAAAAAUUACAUGUUUUUUCAGAAGAUUAAAUGAAAGAAAUAAUAGAACUCUUAUAAGAUUGUUCAGUAUCUAUGAUUAGUCGAUUUCUCAAAUUAAAAAAUACAUCUGAUAAUCUAGAAUAAUAUGGAGAAAUUAUAAUAUAAAAUGAAUUUUGUUUAAAGGUAUUUUAAUUUUUAUAUUAUAAUAGAUUUUAGUUGAAGUAUUUAUUUUUAAUAGUCAUCCAUCAGAAUUCCUAAAAUAAAAGUGUCUUUAAUUUCUUGGUGUACUUUUAUCAUUCAAUGAAUAUAAUUAAUUAGUAUUUAGAGAAUGUAUUCGCUUAUCUGUAAUUUAUUUUUAAUAUAUUAGAACUUCUUAUAAUGUAUGAGAAAUUAGAGAAAUAAAAAAUUAUAAUAGUCUAUGGAAGAUAUCUUAAAAAGAUCUUUAUCUUUUAUUAAAAAUGAUCAAAUUUAAAAAAUGAUUCAAAAUGCUCCUAAAGAUUAUUAAAAAAAAUAAGUCUUUAGGCAAUCUAAUUUUUCUUAAUAUGUUGGUGCAACCUUAGAAACCUUUUCUAAUAUCAGUAAGGAAAUCAAAGGAAAAAAAUAAUUUUAAUUUUUAGGAAAGGAUAGUGGGAUUGUUAUAAAGAAUUAUUAAGAUUUAUGCACUAAAAAAUGGAAAUCUUUUACUAUUUUAAUUGAAUUUAAGAAGGAAAGUUUUUAUUUUAUUAAUUCUAAUGCAAAACACAAAGAUGAAGUAUAUAAAGAAGAAUAAGUGAUAUUUAAUAUGAGUGGUAUGUUGGAAUCUUAAAGUGGUAAUAAUUAAUCAGGUCAAAAACAAAAUCUUUAAUAAAUUGAUUUAAUUAAAGUUGCACUAUAAAGACCAACUUUCAAUUAAGAAAAUUAGAAGAUUAAUCCAUUGGAGAAUUAACUCAAAAUAACUAUAUUAAAUUUUGAAUAAAAGCCAUUUGAUAUUAAUUUAAAUUUCACUUAAAAAUCUAAAGAAGAAUUGAUAUUAUUGGCAAUUAUGUUUGAAGAUAAACCUAAACAUACUUUUUCAAUUAAAAUUUAAGAUGAACCCAAAAAGAACUUUUAAAUUAAAUCUUUUAUAACAGAAUAUGUUAAGAAAUAUUCUGAUAAAUAUCAUAUUACAUUAAAUAUAGGAACUUAUUAUAUAAACUAAUAGUUCUAAAACACAUUCUAAGGAAUCAUCAAUAAUUUUAUUAUUUUAGAAAAGAUUUUAUAUUUAAAAUAGAUUGAUGCAAUAUUUCAAAGAAAUUAAAAUAAUUUAAUAGAUAUUAUUGAAAAAGAGAUAUUACAAGUAGGAAAUGAAGAAAUUGAAAGUAUACAUAAAUUAUAUUAUUAUUAGGUAGGGAGAUGUAAUAUUUGGAUAUUGAUAAAUUCAAAACUUGUUUCUCUCUUGUUGAGAUUAAUGAUGCAAUUAAAGUAACAAAGUACUAAACAAUAUAAGAGUAAAAUUUUUUAAUGAAUAUGAUAAAGAAAUAGGUUUCUCAUAAGAUGGUGCAUGAAUCCAAUUAAAUAGUUAAGGUGUUUUAUUAAGGAGUUAAUGUAAUAGAAGAUGCAGGAUUAGCUGAAGUAUUUUUAAGUUUGGAUAAUAUUGAAAUAAUACUAUUUAUAAUCUAAAUAUCCACACAAACAUAUUUUAAUUUGGAAAAUUUUGAAAGGAGAUCAAGUAGAUUAAAAACAUUAUAGGUUACCUUAUAAAAUGGAACAGGAAGAAAUUAAGGAGUAUUUAGAAGGAUUAAUUAUUUUGAUAAUUUGUUUAGAUAAUAUUUUUUGGUAAAAGAUAUGAGAAAAUGUAGAGAUGAUUAUUUAAAUUGUCAAUAGUUUCAUCUGAAUUUAUUAAAAUCAAAUAGUUCUUAGUUAUCUUAAGGAGAAUCUCCUGUUGAAAAAAAAUAAAAUUUUUUAUUGGAAAUGGGUGGAUCUAUAGUUAAUUCAAUAAUAAGUACUUAGAAUUAUCCAAUAGUUUCAUAAUUCAAUAUGGAUUUUAGUGAUUAAAACUAAUAAAAUCAAAUUUAAUCAGCCUAAAUAUAGACUAUAAAUCAAAUUGAUGAAAUAAAUUAUAUUAAAUAGAAUGAUUCAGAUAUAAAGAAUGCUGCUUUUUAGGAUGUGAUAUCAAUAGAAAAACCUACUUUUAAAUCUUCUACUGAGAAGAUUUCAUCAAAUAAAUACAUUGAAGAUACUAGAGUAAAAUCAUAAUUUGUAGGAAGAAGGACUUCAAGAAAUUAUACUUGUAAUACUUCUCCUAAGAAACACAUUCAAUUAAAUUAAUUCAAUCAAAAUAUAUAAGAGAUAUAAAGUGACAAAAAUAUAGAGUUUGUUCUUGAGGAAAGAUCAUCAAUAUAAAAUGAUAUGACUAUAUUUCAGUGUGAAUGGAUAAGAGUUAAGAUGCAAGUCUUUGGAGAAUUAAAAAUAUUAGAAAAAGGUAAGGUGUUACAAUUUUAGAGUGAUGCUAAAGAAAGGCCUGAAUAAGAAUUCUAUACAUAUGGAACAAUUGUAUAUAAAUAUUCAUAUUUAGUCAUUCAAUUUAAGAAAGGUUAAAGUAACAAAAACAUUGAAUACAACUUAAAUUGUUGAAAUCUAAACUCGUCGUUAUUCUCAUAAAGAAAUAGCAAUAGAAAUAUUUUGUAAAAAUAAAAAAUCAUAUUUCUUUGUUUUAUAUGAUACUGAAAAAAGAAAUUAAUUUUUAAAUUGUUUUAAAUAAAAUUAUAAUAUUAGUAUAGUAAUAGAUAGAAGAGCAGGUAAAGUUUGCAAUUUAUUUUAUAUUAGAAUUUUAGGCUAAGAAUUAUACAAAGAAAUGGCUUAAAGGUAAAAUAACAAAUUUUGAAUAUCUGAUGUUAAUUAAUAAAUAUUCUGGUAGAUCAUUCAAUGAUUUAAAUUAAUAUCCUAUUUUCCCUUGGGUUAUUAGUGAUUAUACUAGUAAAAAAAUAGAUUUAGUAUAUAUUAUAUUUAGAUAUUAAUUAGAAUAAUAGAGAAUAAUAUAGAGAUUUAGACAAGAUGAUAAGUAGUCAAAAUAAAGAAAGAUUGGAAAAUAGUAAAAUAAGAGCAGAAUCUUUAAAAUAGACUUAAAUGGAAUAUUUUUUAUUUGGUUCUCAUUAUAGUGUAGCAGCUUAAAUAAUAAAUACUUUAGUAAGAAUUGAACCAUUUACUUCUCUUUAAUGUGAUUUAUAGGAUGGUAAAUUAGAUUAAGCAGAUCGUAUAUUUUUUUCAAUACCUAAUACAUGGGAAUCUUGUUAAAAUGAUCAUUAAGAUUUUAGAGAAUUAAUACCUGAAUAUUUUUAUUUUCCUGAGUUUUUGAAGAAUAUAAAUAAAAUAUAAUUUGGUAUAAGAUAAAAUUAGGAAGUGGUUGAUGAUGUUGUAUUACCACCAUGGGCAGAGAGUUGUGAAGAUUUUAUAGAAAUUAAUAGAAAAGCACUUGAAUCAUAUUUUGUAAGUGAGAAAUUACAUAAUUGGAUUAAUUUAAUAUUUGGACCAUAUUCUUAAGGAGAAGAAGCAAAAAAGAAAGAUAAUUUAUAUCAUUGGUUGACAUAUGAAAGUUGUUGGUAAUUCUUAGAUAAAUUACCAUACUAAGAUAAAAUGGGAUAUUUAACUUAAAUUUAAUCAUUUGGUUAAGUUCCUUUUUAAUUAUUUAUAAAACCUCAUCCAUAAAAAUAAAAAUUGGAAUAAAAUUUAUAUUUUCCUUCAAAUUUAGUCAAAAUAUUAACAGAUAAGAAACUUAUUAAUUCUAAACGAAUAAUGAAAUUUGAUAAAAAACUUAUAUUAAAAACUUAUAAAGAAAUUGAUAAUUUUUAUGUUUUAAUGAACAAUUGUUCAGUUUAUAAAUUAAAGUAAAAUAGAAUAUAUUAUAAUUUAGAUAUAAUGCUAGUUUAGAAAAAAAGGAAAGUGAGGAAAAGUUAUUGUCAUCAUAAUUGUUUUCAAUAUAAGAUGUUGAAAAAUUACAUUUAGAAAAAUGUGAUAUGUUAAAAGAUUAACAAUAAACACAUGAUAAUUACAAAAAUAUUAAACCUAUUCAUAUAACUGGCCAAUAAUUUUAAUUUGAUGAUCAUUUUCUAUUUGUAGCUGGAUAUUUAAGUGGUGCUGUAUACAUCUAUGAUCUACAUUAAGAUAAAACUUAGAAUUCUCAUAUUUGUCAUAAAAUCAAACUUCAUAGAAGAAGAGUUACAUGUCUUAGUUAUUCAUCAAAAUUAAAAGUUUUAUGUUUAGGUGCUAAAGAUAAUAGAGUAACAGUUUGGAAAGUUUAAUAAUCAAAUGAAAAGACAAUUUCUUUUGGUACAUCUCCAAAAUACAUUCUUUAUGGACAUGAUAAAUCUAUUAAAUGUUUGACUAUUGAUGAUGAUAUGGAACUUGUUAUAAGUCUUGAUAAAUCAGGAAAGUUAUAAAUACAUUCAGUUAUUUCAGGUUUAUUUUUAAAUGAAAUAAAAUUCAAUUUAAAUUUUGGAGAGAAGAUUUGGAAUGUCAUAUCAAAUGGUAAUGGACUUAUAGCAUUAUUAACUACUAAUAGUGAGAUUAUUGUUACUAGGUAAUUAAAUUUAAAUAUUAAAUAUUAGAGUAAAUGGCUUCAUUAUUAGAAAAUAUGUCAAUAAUAAUAUUGGUUAAAUAACAUAAUUUAUUUUCUAUUAAGAAUCUCAUCUACUUAUUUCUACUCUUAAAGGAGAAAUUCUAUUAAUUCAAAAUGUAUCUAGUUUAACAGAAUAGUAUCCACUUAUUUUUCACAUAUAUCAAAAUAUAUAAAAAAUAGGAAUAAUCAAUUUUUCAUAUUGUAUUAAAAAUAUAAUUUAAUUAGAAUUUGAAAAUGAAGGCAUUAUUUUUUUGAUUACAUUAAUUGAUGGAUCCCUCUAUCGUUUAGUUUUAAGUGCUGGAUAAUGUAAUUGCAUAUUAUUUUAUUUAGAUACUGACUUUUAAAAUUAUUUAGGAAAAUUAGGAAUGUGAUUAAACUAAAUACUUGAUAAUUAUAUAUUUCUCUUAUAAAGUUUAAUAUUAAUAUCUAAUUAUGGGUAAUAAAUUAUAAGGAAGAGAUACUAUUUCUUAUAAAACUAAAAGUGGACUACUUUUUGAAAUACAAAUCAAUGAUCUUUAAGGAGCCAAAAAAUUUCCAAAGACUCCUAAAAGAGAGGAUAUUUUGUUAAAAUAUAAUUAAUGGAUAUCUGAUGUUUAUCUCAAUAAUAUUUAUAAGGUUAUUUUGGAAGAUUCAGAUAUUAAACUCUUGUAGACAGUUGAAUCCAAGUAUAAAUUUCGUAUAUGCUAUAUUCAUGAUUAAAUAAUGGAAAAAAUCAAUGUGUAGAAAAGAUUAGAAUACUAGAAUAAUCAAAUCUUUAUAGAUUAAUUAAAGAAAAGUAUAAAUAGAUUAUUUGAAGAUUAUAAUGAUGUAGAUAUAAGCAGUAAAAUAUUUAAUCAUGUUUAUUAUAGGUAUUAGUAAAAGUCUUUCAAAUUCUAGUUGUAUUGAUCAAAAAGUAGAAUUACUUAAAAAUAUGAAUUUUAUAUCCUAUUUAACAGAUAGAUUGAUACUUUUAGAAGAAACAUCAAGAAUUACAAAUAAUUUUAGAGAUCAGAUUAGAAUAUUAGAACUAUUUUAAAUUAUAUUAAAUACCCAAAAUAUUAAUCAUAAGUCCUUAUUUUAUGAAUCUAAAUGUUUUAAAUCAAUAAUUCAAAAUUUCCAUCCAGUUGAACCUAAAGUAACUGGUUUAGUUUUUAAAAUUAUAUCUGGAUAAAACGGAUUAAGUUGGAAAGAUAAUAAUUAUCAAAAUAUUUAAGAUGCUUUUGAAAAUUUAUAGAAUCUAUAUGCAUUCUAAAAUAAGUAAUCAAAAAUAAUUAUAAAAUUAGAUUUUAAAUAUUUAUUAGAACAAUGUAUUAUACUAAAAAUUUAAUAAUGAUUUAUUAAAUUAUUAAGUUUCUAUUUCGAUAUUUAUAUUCAUUAGAUGAUAAAAAUUAAUUAUAAGUUGCAACAGAACUUAACACUACAAAAGUAAAUGAUAAAUAGUUAGAGGAAGUUUUUAAAUAGAUUAAACUUAGAAUUAAAUUGAAUCUAUAUAAAAAAGAAGAUUGUACAUAUGAAUCAGUUAGAAAUAUACUUAAUACAUUUGAACAUCCAUUAAUUUCUUUUAAUUAAGAUGAUCCAAGAUUGACAAAACAAUUUGCUUCUUUUAUAGAUUCAACUUUUGAUGAUAAAAUCAAUUAUGAAAGUGAUUACUGUUCUUCACAAAAUAUUUAGGAUCUAAAUUUUUUAUAAGAUUAAUAUUAUUAUUAUGAAGAGGGUUAGGAACAUGUAUUUAAAGCUAUUAAAUAAUCAGUUAUUGAAUGGAUUGAUGCAAUCUAAAAUAUAAGUUUACUCUCUUUAAAAGAAGAUGAGGUGGAUUAGUUUUUCUUAGAAAAUGAGAAUACAUAACAUUAUGCAGUUAUUGGAGAAAAGGAUAUUAGCUUUUCUAAUUAAAUAUUUUCUAAAACACCUAAGAAUAGUCAAUCUGAACAAGAUGAUUAAAAUUUAGAAUAAAAAAAUUAUAAAAGUAAAUACAAAGAAGCAAAAGAAAUAAUCAAUGAAUUAAGAAAUCAAUUAGAUUAAUAAACAAAACAACAUAACUUAAAAUUAUAAGAAUUAUAACUUUCAAAUUAUAAAUUAAACGAAGAAAAUAUAUAGACAAUUAAAUAAUUAUAAAAUUAAAUAAAUUAACUCUAAAAAGAAAUACAGAAUAAUAAAACUCAAGCAUAAAACGAUUCAAAAUCCCCUUAAGUUUAAUUAAAUUAAUCUAAUAAUCCAAUUAAACAAUAAUAAAAUUCACCUCCUAAAAAUAAUGUAGAUUCUUAAUAAUAAUAAUUAACUUAGAUUUCAUCUAAUAUCACUACUAAAAUUUAAUCUCCACCUCCACCACCACCACCACCACCUUCACAUAAUUAAACAACUGGAACAAAUCUUCCUCCUCCUCCUCCACUUAUUUAAACAUCUGGUUCACCACCACCACCACCACCACCUCCUCUCAAAAUUAAUAAUUAAUAACCUUAACAAUUAAUUAGAAAAUAAUAACCUACUCCAUCCAAACCAAUGAAACCACUUUUUUGGACAAUUAUUCCAGAUUCUAAAGCUUUCAAAACAAUUUUUGAAAAAAUUUAAAAUGAAGAUAUUACUUUAGAUACUUAAUUUUUAGAAAUGAAUUUUUGCAAACCUAAUGAAGUGUAGAAAUAAAUAGAUAAUUAAAUUGAUGUUAAUGUUAAAAAAUAAAAAGUUAAGUUAUUAUAACCAGAAAGAUCUCAAAAUAUAGAAAUUAUUUUAAGUAAAUUACGUUUAAAUAUUAAUUCAUUUUCUGAUUCUUUACUUUAAUUAAAUUUAGAAGUAUUAACUGAGAAUUUAAUAAACUCAUUAAUUGCAAUUUGUCCUUCCUAAGAGGAAAUUGAUUUAUUAAAUGAUUUUACAGGAGAUAAAUCAUUAUUAGGUUAAUCUGAAUUAUUUAUAGAUUCAUUACGUAAAGUCAAUGGUUUUCAAUUUAGAAUUAAAGCAUUGCAUUUUAUGUAUAAUUAUCAUGAAAAUAAAUCGACAUUUCUAAAAUAAGCAGUGUAACUUACUGAAGCUUUUACAAAUUUGAAGAAUUCUUAAGAAUUAAAAAUUAUUAUAUUGAUUGUGUUAAGAUUGGGAAACUUUCUUAAUUGUAAUAUAAAAUUUAAUAGUUAGCAAAGACACCUAAAGGAAACAUCGCAGCAUUUAAACUAGAAGCUAUUGAAAAGUGUAAUGAUUUGAAAACCAUUGACAAUUAAUAAAAUCUUUUAUAUUAUGUGAUUGAAAAAUCAGAAUAGAUUUUGAAAAAAGAUGUAAUAAAUUAAUAAAGUAAUUUAUAUAUUCUAUAUUAUAGUGAUUAAUUAAUUUGAAAUUAUUGAAAAGAUAUCUUUAUCAUAACUUCAAUAAAGUUUAAAUGAAAUUAAAAAAGGUCAAAAUUUAAUUGUCUAAUCUAUUGAGUCUGCAUCUGAUAAUCCAAAUGAUCUUGUAGCAAUAUAAUUUCAACCUAUUUUAACAGAAAUUGAAUAAGAUUUUAUAAAAUUAAAAGAAGAAUUAUCAAAAGUUGAUAAAAAUUAUAAGGAAUGCUGUGAAUUUUAUUGUGAAAAUUAAUAAGAGUAAUCAGAUAAGUUUGGAGAAAAGAUAAUGAAAAUAUUAAGAUGUUUAUACAAAAAUAAAUAAGAAAAGCUCAUUAAAUUAGAAAAGAUAAGAAAAGCUGAAGAGUAAAAAUAAAAAUUAUAAUAAUCUUAAUAACUUGAAAAAUAGAUAACUAGAAAUGAUAGAGUAAAUAAAACUUGGAUAUCUUAAAAUCAAUAAGAUUAGGGAUAAAUAAAAAUUAAAAAUGGAAGAGAAAGUUUUGUAGAUAAAGAAAUUAAAGAAAUGUAGAAAUUAAAAAAUUAAAAUAAAUUGUUUCAUUGA